AUGCAAAUAAUAAUUAAUUAUUCUCCUUCCCCAUCAUCAUUUUCCUCUUUAGAUUUAAAAACUUUUUUAUUUUUUUAUAUUAAUUUAUUUAUUAAAAUUUUUUGUCUUUUUUGUUUGUUAAAUAAUGCUCAAACUAAAACAUUUAAUAAUAACAAUAAUCAACAAUUAAAACAAAGAAUGUGUUUUCAAUGUCAUAUGCCAAUUCAAUGCAAAUCAGGAUUUUGUUUUGGUGAUUAUUGUGUUAAAAGUAUUGUUGCAAAUAAAUAUGUUAGUAAAGGAUGUGAAAAUAAAACAAAAAAUGGAGGAAAUUAUUUUGAAGGAAGGGGAAAUGAAGGGAGGGGGGAUAUUCUAGUACAACAACAAAAUUUUGGGGAGUCUUUUUAUGUUUCUGUCAGAUCAUUAGAAGAAGAAAAAGAAAAUCAAUUAAUUAAAUACUCUACUAAAUAUCCAAAUAAAUCUAAUAGCAAUAAAAUGUCUUCAUUGGGUGUUGCUGUGCCUAAUGGAUGUAUUAAAGUAUUUAAAGAUUUGAAGAAUUUUUAA